AUUUAGUUUUAUUUCUCAAUUGUGUUAACUGUGUAGCAAAGUGAUAUAAAAUAAUAUACUUUUUUAAAGCUUCUAAAGCGUACAAAUUUUAUUCGCGAAAGAAGUUAAACUUAAAGUCAAGGUACAAAACAUUUGAGAGCUUAAUACAUAAUUAAUAAGCAGUACGUUUAUGGUCCCUUAAAAAGAAAAGACAUCCUAUCAAUAAUGCCAGGUGUAGUGUUUCUAGUUGUUGUGCCAACAGCUAAUUUUGAACGCGAGCUGAUCUUUGGUAGCAAUCACGAGUUGCUACCACCUGCAGGCAAAACACCAAGUACAUGUGGCACACCUGCGGCAAGGAGUGGAAACAACUUAAAUAUCAAUCUUCCGGAAAAUAACAAAGCCAUACUGCGAUUAGAAGUCGAACUACGUGACAAACAUGCACCUAAAUAUCGAAGAGGAGGUGGCAUUGGACGAGUUGGAGGUCGCGGCAUUGUCGGUGGUGCAGGUGCUCGCAAUCUUCCACAGCAAAUUUUCGAUAAGAAGGAUUUUGCUGUGGUGCCUUUGGAAAAGGUUCUCGAAGAACUUCUCUCCAAGCUUGAAAUUGAACAUGUUACAUGGACGACGAGCAAAAAGGGUUACUUUCAUCAUGUUGUAUUUCCCUUACAAUCAGGUGAUCCUUGUGAGACAACUUUACAUUGCUUGACCGAACUUGGUAUUGGCACCAAAUUGCAUUCCAGUGUUAGUGUUCUCCCUUGCAGCGUUAGCUAUGAUUCGUUAACAAUCAAUGUUGCCGAUGAAGUUAGUGAAUCGCUAGAUCGGGAAGAAGAACUUUCUAGAUGGAAUAGCUUUGUGGAUUCAAUAAAAUCAAAGUUAACCGUUAAACAAGUGGUCGAUGGUGUGCGGGCUGGCGGCUCAUUAUCUUUCGACUAUAUUUUGCUUAUUGUAACGGCAGAUUCUUUGGCAGCCUUGGGUUUAGUAGAAAAUAAUGCGCCAAAUAUAACUGCAGCCAUGUUAGUGUCCCCGCUAAUGGGUCCGGUGAUGUCUAUUACGUUCGGCACCAUCAUAUCUGAUCGCGAGUUAAUGCGCGUGGGAUUUAUUUCGUUGGCUGUGGGUAUGUUUCUGUCGUGUUUGUUCGGUUUCAUUUUUGGCUUGAUUUUGGGUACUACAGAAAUGCCUUGGGGAGCUGGUGAUUGGCCUACCGAAGAAAUGCGAGGCAGAGGCAACGUUCGUUCUUUAUGGAUGGGGGUGCUGUGGGCUUUGACAUCAGGUACUGGCGUAGCAGUGGCUUUAUUACAAGGUUCAGCUGGCCCUUUGAUUGGUGUAGCGAUCUCUGCUUCUUUAUUGCCUCCAGUAGUAAAUUGUGGCCUUUUCUGGGCUUUGGCUUGUAUUUGGCUAAUAUAUCCAGGCACUCGGAUUCCGCACUUGAAAGGCGAACUUCACAAUACGACGUCAGCGUAUCCGUUUCUCUACACCGAUUAUUUACCAACCGAAUUUCUGAUCAAUGGGAUUGUAUCAUGUCUGCUGACAGUAGUUAAUGUAAUUUGCAUUUUUAUUACGGCAAUAAUGGUAUUGAAAAUCAAAGAAGUCUCCGCACCUUAUACAGCAAGUCCCGACUUAAAACGCUUUUGGGAGACCGAUUUGCGCACAGUGAGGAAAACCAAUCGUUCCACAAUACGUCAACGGAAAGGUAACGGCAAUGAAAGUACUUUCCGCGACAAAUUAUUAUAUGGUUACGAAGGCACAGAAGAACAACGCAAUGCUCUAGAACAAGCUCUGAAAGAAGCCGAAGAUGACGCUACAUUUAAAAAAGUGAAACGAAUGAGUUAUUCCAGCAACGCGGCAGGAGAGUUAACCCAACGUUUGGCAAAACUGACCGGUCUUAAUAAGCAACCGCAGUAUGGCAUAGGCACCAACACGCCCAGCCGGGUUGGCAGCACCUCACGUCGCAUGAGUUCAGUACGUGGUUCUAAAUUGAACAUUGACUUAAAAGUGCUUGAUAAGUUGGUCACAAACCUAUUAGAGCAACAAAGCUCACCUAAUACAAACAUCGCACAAAGUGCAACCGGUGGUCGCAAAUCUUCCUUAAAAUUAAGCCGUUGGCGACCAACAUCACGUUCAGCGCAUUGUUCGGAAGGCUCUACGAAUUACAUAGCUCUCAACGAUCAAGGCGAAGCCGGUAAUAAUAAUGGAAUCGAUAUGCAACAUAUGCCCACUAUUAUGGAAAGUCCUGUAGGCAACAGUAAUAAUAAUCAACAAAAUCAGAAAAAUGAAUCUUCGACAACAACGGCAGUAUCUACAACACCUUCCAAUCGAACAUCUUGGUCCAACUCAUCGGAGCACAGAUCCAGUGCUGUGCGGAAUGUUUUAAGAAAUAUCACAUCUUCUGGCAGCGGAGCAGGUGAUAGUGCUAAGGAGGAGACUCUUAAUUUAACACAGAAUUUUUUACCAUAA